AUGCCCGGCAAAUUUGAAGGUCAAGGUCGAAUGAUGUCAGUUGGUCUGGAGUACAUGCAUACGUGGAAAUGUUUUUGGUGCACUACAGAACAUGAGAGGCAUAUGGAUAAAAAUCUCGUCGAAGCGUUCGGUGAAUUAUUCACUUUACUACAGAUGGUAGUAUAUAAAGUGGUGGCUGUAUACUGGAGGAAUCAUAUAUGUUGCAAACAAUUGCGUAUUUCUUGGGAGGGAUACUACCAGAGUGAUGGUGGCAGGGAACGGCCGGAGUAA